CUUAAAAAAAAGAAAACAAUGUCUAAGCAGAGCAGAGAGAAAAAACUAACACAUCAGCCAUGGCCUCGGUUCCUUACUGCCAACAUUUGACUUGCUCCAUCUGCUUGAGCAUCUUCACCGACCCGGUGACAUUGCUGUGUGGCCACUCUUUCUGCAGAAUGUGCAUCACAGACGCCAGGAACACUCAGCGCUUUUGUCCAGAGUGUCGGACGCCCCUUCCUCAGGAAGAGACCCGUCUUCCAACCAGCCAUAUACUGAAAAACCUCGCUGAAAAGGCUAGAAACACAAAGGAGGCGAAGGUGGAGCAUGAAUUUGAGAAUGAAGAGGUGGCCAACUUGUGUCCUGAACAUGAUGAGAAGUUGAAACUGUUCUGUGUCACAGAUCAGCAGUUAGCUUGUGUCAUAUGCCGAGAUGGAGCGACUCACCAACAACACAUAUUUAAACCAGUUGAAGAAGCAGUAGUGUCUCUGAGGAAGGAGCUGGAGGCACUGGUGCAGCGCAUCUCUAAUGAUGUUGGUGCAACUGAAAAUCUGGCCAACAAUCAGAGUGAAGAGAUAACUAAAACCAAAGAGAAGUCAAAGCAGCUGAUGACCCAUAUCUGCAAACAGUUUAAGGAGAUGCAUGAGUUUUUGAGAAAAAGAGAAGAACAGAUCAAGACAGAUCUGAAACACAAAGCGGAAGAUGCUGUCCAGAAAAUGACUAAGACAUUAAAUGCAAUAGAAACAGCUGUAACAGAGAGCCUAGUGCUGGAGGUAAAAGUUGCUUCUGCUUUGGAAAUCACAGACACUUACAAGUUCUUGAAGUGGUGGUGUGAGAAUAACAGUGAGCCUCCAGAACAUUUAUUUAGACCAAGAGCCAAAGACUUCCAACUGGUGAAAACAUAUCUCUCUUUGGGACCUCAUGAAAGUCACCUGCAGUUCUUUGUGUGGAAGGAGAUGCUCCAGGUCAUCCAGCCCCGAGCAGAACUGCUGUCACUCAGAAGAAAUAGCACAGAUAUAACAGUGUCUGAUGAUGGACGGAGUUUGUUUUGUACACCCAAAAGCAUGCCACCUCAUUUAUACCCUUCCUUGGUUCACAAUCCCAUUACAGGACAUGGCCAAACCAAGCACAGUCCAUUAUUUAGCCCUCACACAGGAUUUGGCCAACUCAUGGCCAUUCCUUCUUUGACGUCCGGUGCAAGAUUUGGCCAAACCCAGACAAAUCCUCAGUUUGGCUCUGGUGCAAGAUUUGGCCAAACCCAGACAAAUCCUCAAUUUGACUCUGGUGCAAGAUUUGGCCAAACCCAGACAAAUCCUCAAUUUGGCUCCGGUGCAGGAUUGGUCCAAACCACAAGCAGCCCUUCAUUUUACUCCAAUGCAAGAUUUGGACAAACCAGGACAAACCCCCCAUUUACCUCUGGUAUGGGAUUUGUCCAAACCACAUCAACCCCUUCAUUCAGCCCUGAUGGAGGGUUUGGACAAUUUAUGGCCAAUCCUUCUUUUGGGCCCAGUGCAGGAUUUGGCCAAACCAUAAUUUCAGACAUAUAUAAUGCAUUUAGUGUUGAUGAGUUCUAUUCAGGGCAUCAUUACUGGGAGGUAGAUGUUGGACACAGAGAGUAUUGGGAGCUAGGGAUCAAAAAUACUUUCCUAAAAUACGAUGGCCGGAAAUAUUCCACCUGCAAUUCAAACAUAAUCACGGAGCUACAGUUUGAAGGCAGACCAAGAAAGAUUGGGAUUUAUCUAAAUUGCUCAUCCAAGAAGGUCUCAUUCUAUGAUGCAGACAACAUGACACAUAUUCACACUGUGAUCUCACGAGCCAUGCCCUCGCCAAUGUCAGCGUAUUUUAACAUCAGAUACAGAGCACCAGAUCCUAAUCCCAUGACAGUGUGCUGGUACUGACUUAUGGCCAAAUGCAUGUCCAAUGAAAAAGACACAUUUGGGGCAAAUAACAAAUGCAAACAUGUUUUCUGUGUUUUGGGGGGCGGGCAUUUACUGUUUCCAUCACAACUUAGUUUAUUCAUUCUCUCUAUGAAAACAGACUGCUACUGUAAAUAACACUUGAGAAUGUCCGUAUAACAAAUUACAAUUUGCAACUAAUCUUUUGAUUGCCUUCAAAACUCAUACCAAAUAUAAUAAGAUACACUUAGUGAAAGAAGGUCAACCAACAGAUACAAUUUUUUCUCAAUACCUGAUAUUAGGACUGGGACUCUAACUUUCUUAUAGCUUGUCUGUUUGCUCGUUGAAUUCCAUGAAUUUUGUUUGCAUUCAUAUCACGUUAUGGCGCGUUAAGCAAUUACAUCAUGUUACCAUUAUGCUAUUACAUGUUACACAUUUACAUUAUGCCACACAUUACGUUGUUUUGUGUGUGUUUGAAUUUAAAUGGUCAUCAUACUGGUUCAAAAGAGACAACAUAAUGGUUUCUGUAGAUAUGAAAUUGUUAAUGCUGCAUACUGUUUGGGUUUUAUAAGGCAUUAUUUGAACCUGUGAAUUUCUUUUAUAUUUGUGUUUUGUUUUAGAUUUGUGGAUGACGAUUGACAGGUAAAGGGGAACUGACAGACAAUCAGGUUAGUUUGACCAAUAAUGAAUUUAAAAUAUGCUGAUGACACAGUUAUCUCACAAGGAAAGUUGUGGCUCAUUGACUUGCUUGCAUUGUUUUUCUCUUUUUUUUUAGAAGUCAACAAAACAAUUAAACUCUGUUUAAUAGUACAGAUUCUAAAGAAAGUUGUUUACAGUAGCCCCUCUGUUUUUUGUUUUUUUUAGUAGCCAUGGUAUACAGUGUUGUACAUGGUGUACAGUGCAGAAUGCCAGUUCAAAUUAAUUUCAACAUUGUUUUCUGAAUUUGACUGAUGUGUAAAUUUGUCUGUGUGACUUUGUGUGUAGAAUCCCUGAAUUUGUGAUUUAGCAGGUUUAACACUGUCCAUAAAAAUGGUAUAUUCCAAAAUGAAUAAACUGCUGUUUUACUAUGUAUCA